UGUUGUGGUGCACCGGGAGGAGUAGCGUCACACUUCUGAAAAUUUGGGCUUUUAUUUGAAGUAUUUCUCUUCUUUUUCUGUCGCUAGUGUUUUCAGAGUUCUUCUAAGAGAGCUUGAAACACAAAGAAGACAACAUGGCGCAGUACAAAGGAGCAGCGAGCGAGGCCGGCAGAGCCAUGCAGCUGAUGAAGAAACGAGAGAAAGAAAGAGAGCAGCUGGAACAACUGAAACAGAAGAUAGCAGAGGACAACAUGGUCAAGUCCAACAUUGAUAAGAAAUUCUCUGCUCACUAUGAUGCUGUGGAGGCAGAGCUUAAGUCCAGCACAGUCGGUCUGGUGACACUGAACGAUAUGAAGGCCAAGCAGGAGGCACUGGUGAAGGAGAGAGAGAAGCAGCUUGCCAAGAAGGAGCAGUCCAAGGAACUCAUGCUCAAGCUCGAGAAGCAGAAAGAGAAGAAGAGGAAGGAAGAACAGAAGAGGAAAAUAGCCAGUUUAUCGUUUAACCCUGAAGAUGAAGACGAAGAGGAAGAGGAAGAAGAAGAUGAUGAUGAUUAUUUUACCUCAAAGAAGAAGAAACUGGGGAAAAAUCCAGAUGUGGACACAAGUUUCCUCCCCGAUCGAGACCGAGAGGAGGAGGAGAAUCGUCUCCGAGAGGAACUCAGGCAGGAGUGGGAGCUCAAACAGGAGAAGAUUAAGAGUGAGGAGAUCGAGAUUACUUUCAGUUACUGGGAUGGAUCCGGACAUCGUAAGACUGUCAAGAUGAAGAAGGGUAAUACCAUCCAGAACUUCCUGCAGAGGGCCCUGGAAGUCCUGAGGAAGGACUUCAGUGAGCUGAGGUCUGCUGGAGUAGAACAGUUGAUGUACAUCAAAGAGGAUCUGAUAAUCCCACAUCACCACAGUUUUUAUGACUUCAUCGUGACCAAAGCCAGAGGCAAAUCUGGUCCUCUUUUCAGCUUUGACGUCCACGAUGACAUUCGACUGGUGAACGACGCCACAGUAGAGAAAGACGAGUCUCACGCAGGUAAAGUGGUGCUGAGGAGCUGGUAUGAGAAGAACAAGCACAUCUUCCCCGCUAGCCGCUGGGAGCCGUACGACCCCGAGAAGAAAUGGGACAAAUACACGAUCCGGUGAAAGCGGCCGUCUCCUCCCCUCUCUGGAAUCCUCGAUGCAAACAUUUCUCUUUUUUUUCUCCAUUCUAUUUUUACUUACGUUACAACAUCAGUGCUUCAUUACAGUUUGAUAUAAACUAUUGAUUCCUGAUUAACUUUUGUUUAAAUACUAGCCACCCCCUCCCACACCCCCUCCUUCCUCCUCAAUUUACCAGUGUAAUAUUUCCCUAUGAAAACAACUCCACAUUCAUAUGUAUAUAGCUCAUUAAUAUGUUGUAGUAUAUGUGCUGAAUAAAAAACAAACUCGCUGG